CCGGACACGUGCGUUGCAGCAGGCGAAUGCCGCAAAGGCUCGUCCUUCCCUGCUCUCUCGCGCUGGCCCGGAUUUUCGCCGAUCCGGUAGCCCCGGGGCCGAAGGCGACCCCCUUCCCCAACACGGGUCUUAAUGCCGACGCCAACGGUGGUCCGCUUAGCGAAAUCCGUUCGUCUUCGGGUUACUGGCAUCCGGAGUUUGGAAACUUAGGAAGACGCGCACCCGCGCAAGAACGUCCACGUUUAAACCCGUUUUAAGCGGGGGGUUAAAUGCUGACCGUGUGUGUCAGGCCGGGGCUGGACAAGCCCGGCUGAGUGAUUUGCACUCCGUUGCAAAACGCGCGGGAUGAGCGGCGGGCUGGAGCCCUGCACAACCACCCUGUGCUUUGGGCCGCUGGUUGGGCGGCAAGCCGAGGGGAGGCCGAGAAAACGUUGGGGAGUUCACCGGUGUCGUUUGUGGAGAGAGGUGGCGUUUCCCCCGCACGCUAAGCCGGAACGUGGCUCGCUUGUUUGGGCCUCGCGCAGCUAGUCCGUUGUGGCUUAAUCGUGCCGCGGCUUCGCAUUCCUCGUGAAUGCCAGGAGUAGGUAUUACGCAGCAACCGCCUGCUUUUACCACUUCUCUGAGCUGCCCGUUCGUGAAUGAGUAUCGCUGCGAUGGCUUGGAAACUCAGACUCCAACCUGUAGGAGGUGGGCGUGAAAUGGAUCGCGCUAGUUGCUCUGGGGAGGAGCCAACCUUGUGUUUGCACGGAGGAAGGGAGAGAAUUUGGCAUUUUCUCCUCUUGGGAAGAGCGCAGAGAAAACCGGUUGCAAAAAUCAGGCGAAGGUGCCCCAGCGCUUCACACCCGGUUUUGGAGCUUUCGUGGCGGUUCGGUUAUGCUUUUAAAUACUACGGAAAAGUUGGUGUCCCUUUCAAUAUACAAUAGGUGUUGCCAGGAGAUAUUCUUCUUUUUCUUGCUGGUUCCGUUGGAGAUGUCUGGGGCACAAAGAUGUGAACUGUCAAAGUCCUAGAGAGGCUUCAACUGGUAGUCUUACACACACUGUUUUACUGGGCUGAUUCUGAAAUUUGAUGUGGGCAAGCUUCACUGAGGAACUAGCAUGCUACCAGGAAGAGCUGUGUUUUGGGGGGGGUUUCAGCUUUCUCGCUUGUAAUUCCAAAGCAUCCCGCCGCUGGAUUUAACGUAGGGUAACAACAGAAAGUCAGGAGCUUUGGCCCAACCUCACAAGGGGUCUCCCGUGCAAACAUGGCAAGUUGUUGCUCAGUGGCCAACUGCAAAAACCGCCGGUGGCGUGGGGCCCAUGUCACCUUUCACAGGUUUCCUCUCACAAAGGAAAGCCAGUUAAAAAAGUGGAUCAAAAACAUCGGUCGUCCGAACUUCACACCCUCUUACAACGACGUCGUGUGUUCGGAACAUUUCAGAAAGACGGAUUUUUGGGGAAGCAUGGCUUCUGGGAGAAGGAAUUUAAAGCCAGGAGCGGUCCCAACUAUCUUUAAUACCUCUGGCCGUUCGAAAAGAUUAAAUUUUGCCAAGAGGACUGAAAAAGAAAGUGCAGAAGACAGGCAACCCCUCGUCCAAUGUAAUCCACCCAGCCCACAGCCAGGCGCUCCUUCAGAGGUCGGCGAGAGCGACGCGGAAGUCUUGUCCUCCAAGAACGAUAUUGUGAUCCUAGAACAUUCCUACUCUGUUCCGGGGAGUCCAAGUAAAGCAACUGCUUCUUCCCUGGACCUCCGGGUAGCCUCCACAGGAGACCAAGGCGCUGUAGAACCCCAAGGAAGGAAGAGCCUUCGCCUUCGCCUCCGCCAGGCCAGAACAAGAAGGGAACUCAUGGAAGAGAUGAGACAAAAUGCUUCCGAGGAGCCGGUGGUCAACUCGGACAUCCAGCGCCGGCAUUUCCGAGACUUCUGCUACCAGGAGAUGGAGGGGCCCCGCUAUGCUUGCUGCCGGCUGUGGGAUCUCUGCCAUCAGUGGCUGAAGCCUGGAAGACAUACAAAAUUGCAGAUGCUGGAAUUGGUGAUCCUGGAGCAGUUCCAGGCCAUCCUGCCCCAGAAGAUGCAGGACUUUGUCAAGGAACGGGAACCUUCUAAUUGUGACCAUGCUGUAAGCCUGGCUGAGGAAUUUCUAAAGUGUCAGCAGGAGGAAGAGAAGAGGGCAGCUGAUUUCUCCAAAACAAAGAGGACUCCUUCACAAACCCGGCGUACAUCAGGGCACAGGAAGGUCACCAAGAAGGAGGAUGACAUCUUGCUGACGGGAGCCACGGGGGAGAGCCAGGACCAGCCCAGCCCUUGCCCGAUCGGGGCCACCGCAGGCGACGGUGGGGAGGGGCAAGAAAACCCCGGGAAUCCGGAAGGCAGCGAAGCCACUCAGGAGGGCCUGGCAGCAGAUGACAAGCACGAACAGGAGAAGGAAGAGCAAGAGUGCCAGCUGGAAGAAGCGGUGGAGGUGGAUCCUGGGAGGGUUUCCUUGGAAGUAGUAGAAGAGGGUUGUACGGUACAAGAGGAGUCUCCUGAAGGCGAGAAGCCCUAUAGUUGCUCCAAGUGUGGGGAGAGUUUCACCAAUAAAUCGUUUCUUCUCGAACACAGAAGAUCACAUCCGGGGGAGAGGCGAUACGGAUGCUCCAUGUGUGAGAAGAGGUUCAAUAAGAAAGCUUGUCUUCUUGCACACGAGAGAUCUCACACAGGAGACAAACCUUACCGGUGUUCAGAUUGUGGCAAGGCUUUUGGGCAGGAAGCCUCUCUCAUUACACACCAGAGAACCCACACUGGGGAGAAACCCUAUGAAUGCUCGGAAUGUGGGAAGAGCUACCCUUGGAAAACAUCUCUGGCAGUACAUCAGAAGAUUCACGCUGGAGAGACCUACUCGUGCCCUGUGUGUGAUAAAACCUUCAAUCAGAAGUCUUUACUUAGGAUACACAAGAGGAUCCACACGGCUGAAAAACUGUACAAAUGCUCGGACUGCGACCAGAGCUUUACUCUUGAAAAAUACCUUAAUGCACACAGGGUGAGGGCUCACACCCGGGAGCGACCACAUGCCUGCUCCCAGUGUGACAAAACCUUCAUUUUUAAAUAUUCUCUCAUUGAACACGAGCGAAUGCACACAGAUGAGAGGCCUUACGAAUGCUCCGAGUGUGGCAAACGCUACAAUGGAAAAGCCGCCCUGGUGGUCCACAAAAAUACCCACGGAGGACAGAAAUCCUAUCUGUGCCCCGAGUGUGGCAAGAGCUUCAAAACCAAAUGUGCCUUGACGGGUCACGAGAAAAGCCACAAAGGAGAGAAACCCCAUAAAUGUUCACACUGCGACAAAAGCUUCUACUGGAAACAUCGCCUUAUUUUGCACGAGAGGGUGCAUACAGGGGAGAUGCCCUAUCAGUGCUCAGAGUGUGGCGAAAGCUUCCGUUACAGAAACAAUUUGACCAAGCACAAAAGGAACACGCAUGAGAGGACACGGGUGGUUGGAGAGAGGAUCUAUCAGUGCUCAAUUUGUGGCAAAAGUUUCCGCUGGAGACGGAGCUUCAUCUUGCACGAGAGGGCCCACAUGGGAGAUAAACCCUUUAAAUGCACGGAAUGUGGGAAGAGUUUCAUGAGCCGUGUGUCCCUCAUUGUUCACAAGAGGAUCCACACCGGAGAGAGGCCCUAUAAGUGCCCUGAAUGUGGGAAAAGCUUCAUUAAGAAGCAGGCCCUUAGUAAACACAAGACGGUCCAUACAGGAGAGAGGAGAUAUUUGUGCAACGUCUGUGGGAGAAGGUUCUCCAAUAAAGGUAACCUGAUCAGGCACACGAAGAUCCACACGGGAGAGAAACCCUACAGCUGCCCCAUAUGCGGGAAAGGUUUUAUACAGAAAGUAUGCCUUAUUGAACACGAGCCGACCCACAGCAAGGAAAAGCCAUUCAUCUGUCCCGACUGUGGGAAGAAGUUCAAGCGGAAAAGAGGUUUCCUUCUGCACCUGAGAAUGCACAGAGGGGAGACGCUGCAAGAUUCCACCAAGAAGAGCAUCAAUGGCGGAGAUCCCUCGGCUGCAGACGGCAAGACCCCGGCGAAGGAGAGAUGCCAUCCGUGCCUGGAAUGCGGGAAAAGUUUCCACUCGAGAUGUCAUCUCAUCAUGCACCAAAGGACCCACACGGGGGAGAAGCCAUAUCAGUGCCCAGAGUGCGGGAAAAGCUUCAGCCAACAGUCCUCCCUCAACACGCACCAGCGAGUCCACACCGGCGAGAAACCCUCUUUGUGUACAGAGUGCGGGAAAAGUUUUCACAAUAAAAGCAACCUGGCCCGGCACCAGCGGAUCCACACGGGGGAAAAGCCCUUUGCGUGCCCGGAGUGCGGGAAGAGUUUCAUCCAGAAGGCUUCCUUGGAAGCUCAUAAAGCCACGCACAGCAAGGAGAACCCCUUCUCCUGCGCCGACUGCGGCAAAACAUUCAAGCUGAAAAUGUCGCUCCUCACCCACCAGAGGACUCACACGGGGGAGAAACCCUACGCCUGCUCCCAGUGCGAGAAAAGGUUCAUCCGACGCUCUCAGCUGCGGAGGCAUGAAAAGGCACAUGCAGGAAAUCCAGAGAUAGACCCUCCCCAAGAGGUGAAGAUCUUCACUGAAGAAGAGCCCACCACCUCUUUAGAAUUGCUGGUGGAAACGGCUGAACCUACAGAACUGACCGAACUUUCUAUGGAAGCCAUUAGCACAGCUGUGAUAAGUGUGGAUGGGAACUUAUUCCUCGUACAAACUACUGUAUAGAGCUGCAUUGUCUACACCGAGACACUAAGUUUGGGAAUUACAAUCAAGAUUUCUUGGGCAGAAAACAAGUUUUCCAGAAUGGUCAUCUCCUUGCCUUCAUAUCUUAUUUCCUGCUAUGUGCCAAAACUCUCUCUCUGAGUGGUUUUGAAUCCUACAGUUAAAAAAGGAAAUAAAUUAAACCCUUAAAGGGGACCAUAUCUAACACUAUAGAUCUGCCUUUCUCAACUUGGUGCCCUCCAGAAACACUGUUUGAAAGCAGCUGGCCGAGAAACAUGUGGACGAGAUUUGGGGCCGACAGAUAAGUUCUUCAUCUUAAAUAUAUAUUUAUAAUUUAGAGUAUAGCUAGUUGAUCUUGGCCAUCACAGUUCUUCAGCCUUAAUUGCCCUUUGUGUGACUGUGACCAUAAAAUGUCGGGGGGAGGGGCUGCAAUCUCUUAUGCACCUUAGAAAGGCCAAGGUAUUUAAAUGUAAUAUAUGUAUGUAAUAUAUACGUACCUGCCAUCUGCAUCUUGAAAAGCCAACAGGGCAGUGGCAGUUUGCACCCAUUUUUGUGGAAAGUUCCAGAAGUGGGAGGUCAUCAACAAGAAGACCCUGCAUGGUUGGAACCACCAUCAAGGAGAGCUGCUGUCUCCUGGCUGAGCGGCAAUUCCCAAAUAGUUCAUCAGAGAACUAACUCGUCUGUUUCUAUCGGUGUUUUUUGACCUUGGCAACUUUAAGAGGUGUGGACUUCAUUCUCCCAGAAUUCCCCAGAAUGCUGGCUGGGGAAUUCUGGGAUUUGAAGUCCACACCUCUUAAAGUUGCCAAGGUCAAAAAACACUGGUUUCUCUGAAGCGACUCCCUGUCCCACGUCCCCCACUCAAUGCUUUCCAACCGAAUGUGGCCAGUUAUGCCCCAGAAUGGCCUUUCCCAAUCUGGUGUCCUCUAGAUGUGUUGGGAGUUGAAGUCCCAAACAUCUGGAGGACACCAGCUGGGGCAAGGUUGCCGGAGGGAGUCUCCUCGCUCUCGCUGGAUUGACCUGUAUCAAUCCUGCUUUGCGGUCCAGUUCUUUAAACCUGGCUGCUGUUCUAAAUGCUUCUAAUUAUUUUUGUAUCUCAGAAAGAAAAUUAUUUUGGAUUGCUGAGUAAAUAAAAUUACAUUAUCUAUA